UGCUGGGAGAGCAAAAUUUGUAUGCCAGAGUCUGUAGCAUUCUGAUGCUACUUGAAAUCUGUUUGUUUGCAUUAGGCUGACGUUAUCCAAGUAGCCAUGUCAGAGAUUAAACUGUGGUCGUUUUGGAGGGCAGUUCUGGCAGAGUGUCUGGGAAUGAUCAUUUUUAUCUUCGUCGGCCUCUCUGCUGCAGUAGGAGAUCCAAAUGACUCUAGCCCUGACCAUGAGAUCAAAGUGGCGUUUGCCUUCGGCUUGGCCUUUGCCACAUUAGGCGAGUGUAUAGGUCACAUUAGCGGUGCCCACCUGAAUCCUGCCAUCACCCUGGGCCUAGUGACCAGCUGUCAUAUCAGUCUUCUCCAAGCUCUUUUCUACAUGUUGGCUCAGAUGUUGGGGGCAGUGGUUGGCAGUGCCAUUGUGUAUGGUGUUAGGCCAGAAUAUAAUGAUUCACUUGGUGUUAACAAGCUAAAUGGUAUCAGCCCAGCUCAAGGUUUUGGCAUGGAGUUCAUGCUCACCCUUCAGCUGGUCCUGUGCAUGGUAGCAGUCUGCGACAAAAGACGUAAUGCUGGCAGAUUUGCACCUCUAGUGACUGGAUUCGCUGUAACGCUUGGACAUCUUGCAGGGAUCUCCUACACAGGAUGUGGUAUCAACCCAGCUCGAUCCUUUGGACCUGCAAUUAUCCAGAAGUCUUUUGUUGAUCACUGGGUGUACUGGGCUGGACCAUUGAGUGCUGGCGUGGUGGCCGCGCUUCUGUAUAAUUAUGUACUGGCACCCAGUGAUGAGAGCUUCAGAGAAAAAGCAAGAAUCUUGCUCUCCCAGGCUCCAAAACAGGAAUGCCAAACUGAACCCCUUCUGGAGGAUGACGGAGAUAUAGAAUAAUCAAAGGAGCCAGUCUGAAUCAAACAAAUGCUGCUGCAUCAAAUAAAGUUACUACA